CACCGCGGCGUUGAGGUUGUCGGCCAUUAUAUAUCCGCCUGCACCGCAAUGCCUGUCUUAAUUCUUGAUCAACACAACGAGCCACAUUGAUCAACAUUCGACAUGUAAAUCCAGAGAACUUUUUCGGUAAUGAUCAAAUAAACUCGAUCUGAUCUGAGGCUGCAAAACGAUCGACAAACAUGAUCUCGGAUAAGAGUUAUUAAGCUCGGGUAAUAGAUUUUUCCUAUCAUUUCUGAAUCCGGAAUCGAUAAACAACUUGCACUCAACAGCGACAAGAUGAGACUACUCACAUUAUUCAGCCUUGUCGCAGCAGCGAGCAGCGAAUUCACCUGCAUAAAACCCAUCAACCCAAUUCCCGCAGGGCCUCCCGGCUUAUGCUGUAAGGAAAUAGUCCAGGCGCCCGUCCUAACCUUCCUGUACACCGGCAAGACAUGCACCCACGCGAAUAAAAUCAGCGAAGCCGAUAAUGGCAAAACAACAUACAGCUCCUGCGAGGAUGGUGAGCAUGCCGUGUGCUGCGAUCCGCUCGUCACGAAGCUGAGUCAGGCGAGUAAUCCUGCUUGUGUCUUACCGGAGUCAGAGGCUUGAAUUUGCUUGAAUGCUUGGGAUGGUUCGUUGGGGGCUGUCAGCUGUGGCGUGCAUGAUCGGGAGUAAUCAAGCUUUGUGAUUGUCAGAUUUGCAAUUAGAUAUGCCAAUUAUGUUUUUGGGAAUGGCAAUUUCAUGAUGACAUAUCAGGGCGUUUGUCUUUUGGUCAAUUGGUCACAGUCAAUAAGAUGCACGAGAUAGACGGUGUCAGGGGCGUGAUACCUCAGGCAAUCAGGCAUUAAUGUGAUUUCUUUAGGAUUAGCGUGUGUCACGUGUAUCACUGUCAUGACUCGAAUUUCGCGAUCAUCAAUCAAUCGAAUAUC